UCGCGCCACCUUUAGUUUUGUCAACAUCAUCAAUUAUCAAUAUCCUGUGGUUUUGUCUAUGUCCGAAAUUAUUCUAAUAAAUAUCGCCUGAUUUAAGGAAUGGCCAGUUUGACAACACAAACUGAAACUGUAACUGAAACUGGAGAACAACAGCCUUCACCAUCUGUAACAUUGAAGUUAAGAAAACCGAAGUCAGACAAGAAAGUGAAUUGGAAAGAAGGAACAGUAGAUAAUGAGGAUAUGGGGAGAAAGAAAUCAAAGUGUUGCUGCAUCUAUCAGAAACCACACACGUUUGACGAGAGCUCGUCAAGUAGCGGUAGCGACGAUGAUGAUGAAGACUGCAAGAUGUGUAAGCAUCAAAAAAAGAGGAAACCAAAACAACAUGAGCACACCGAACAACAAGAUGAUCACUGAUUUAUUUUAAAAAAAAGUUAACUUAUUAAAAUUCUAAAAAAAUUGUGACAUGUGUAUUCAGAGUUUGGAAACCCUCAGCUUGCAAUUCUAACUACUGUACACCACAUCAUGCCAGGGAUGGAUGCUAACUACUGUACACCACAUCAUGCCAGGGAUGGAUGCUAACUACUGUACACCACAUCAUGCCAGGGAUGGAUGCUAACUACUGU